AUGGGAGCAAGCUUCAAGAAGUCAUUUGUUACCGAAACCGAAACCAAAAAACUCGAAGAGUAUGUGCGAGGCUAUCCACGACUUGCAGCUUUCGAGUCAAGCGAGCCCAGCUUUUCGCUUUAUCGCAAAUUCAAAUAUCUCCACUCACGAGUAUUGUUGGAACUCCAACACGAGAUACAAUGCCUCGAAAGCGACUUGACAUCGAUGGAUGAGAUGGAUUACAGCAAUGGAAAACAAGAUAUAUUGCAGUCUAUCGAAAUCGAUCAUCGUCAAGCCAAACAAGAAGGCAUUCGCAGAAAGCGGACCAAACUAGUCAACUUGAUCCGCGGGAAACUGGUACACUACGACGAGUUGCUGCUUAAGAGCCACGCAUUGAACGCACUUCAACAACCCACUGAUAGGGACUACAUCAGUGUGAGAAAUUGGUUCCACAACGAGAGACCGUUGGCCAGCGAGAAGGAGGAGUCAUACAUCAAGCAACGGGAAGAUAUCGUCAGUCUGCGACAUGGCCGUCAAUGGACAAGAUUCCAUGGAUUCAUCGAGCAGACGAUUGAGAUUCUCAACUGUCGUCCAAUCCGCAACAUCUUCCGUACAACUGAGCUACAGGAUCGCACAGAUGACAAGUUGAUCUAUUAUUACUCGGCUCGACGCAUCGAAAUCCUCGUCAACAUCAUUACCACAGGCCUAAUGCUUGCUCUUCUGGUCCUACCACCCGUUGUCUUGUACCGAACAAAAGUCGGCGCUGAGGAGCAAUCAACGGUUAGUGUACCUGCUAUUUUCGUCGGUUUCACUUGUUUGUUUGCAGUGGUAAUGGUUCUUAUCUUGGGAGUGAACCGUCACGAGCUCUUUGCUGCAAUGGCGGUGUAUUGUGCUGUCUUGGCUGCAUUCGUGGGCAGUACUGGAUCAGGACAGAAUUGUGGCAAUUGUUCGUGA